GUACUUUGACAGUUGUGAGGUUCAGCAGCCUGGAGUAGUUCAACCUGCAGCUAAAACAGUGUCCUUUAGUACUAUAGUCUCGAGGAAACCAGUCGUACCAGGUAAAGUCACUAGUCUUUAUUCAAGACAUUUAGUUUAUAGCUUCUCGUGGCGAGUUAGAGAUUUACUUCAUACCUGGAGAGAGCACCUGUGAAGGAGCUGUCCUGUUUAUUCGUCUAGCCAGUGCGGCUUCCUCCGGUACUGUGAGCAAGCUGGAUUCCCGCAGCUCCUCACCAUGUCUGGCGGGUUAUAGAUAUUCCAUGGAGCAACCAAACCUCUAUGAGGUCGCCCCACGACCGCUAAUGACCAGCCUAGCCCAGAGCCAGAGUCAGCAAAGCGCCUACUGCUACAAAGACCCCUCCUCCGCUGCACCCGGAGCAGGAGGAGACCUCGGCGAGAUCUGUGAGAACGAAAACUCCAUUGACAUCAGCGCUUACAUCGACCCUGCAGCCUUCAACGACGAGUUCCUGGCUGAUCUAUUCCACAACAGCUCGAAGCAAGAGAAACUCAAGCUGGCGAACAGUGAGUACGAAUCCUACCCCCACGGGGUGAGCUCUGGCUCGGGGGCGCACCACCAACAGCAGCAGCAGCAGCAGGGCUAUGGUUGUAUUCCCGGGUAUAUGGACACAUCUAAACUUGAACCCAUUUACGAUAACCAGUCCACGAGAAUCAGACCUGUGGCGAUAAAGCAAGAGCCCAGAGAGGAAGAUGAAAUGAGCCAUUCUAUGCCUCCAACCUACCACCAUUCCCACCAGCAUCUCCCACAGCACCUAUCCCAUCUUCAGUACCAGAUUGCGCACUGCGCGCAGACGACCAUGCAUCUCCAACCGGGACACCCGACGCCUCCACCGACGCCCGUCCCGAGUCCACACCACAGGGAUGGCAGCAUGUCAUCCGUUGGAUCCAUGAAGAUGAUGGGACGCGACGACCGAGACCGAGACCGGGGUAAAUCCAAAAAGCGCGUCGACAAGGCCAGCACGGAGUACCGGUUGAGGCGGGAGAGGAACAACGUCGCGGUGAGGAAGAGUAGAGACAAGGCGAAAAUGCGCAAUGUUGAGACGCAGCAUAAAGUGAUCGAGCUGGCGUCGGACAACGAAAGACUGCGGAAGAGAGUGGAACAUCUUACCCGAGAACUGGACACAUUAAGGGGCAUCUUCAGACAACUUCCCGAUGGAUCUUUCAAACCCAACUGCCAGUGAACACGGACUAUAGUAGCUUUUACAUUGGGACUUUGAAACACUUACUUGUACACGUCUCCUGGAUAUAGCCUACACGCUAUAGAUUGAUCUGACAGAUUGUGACUGCAACAGUUUGUGUCUUCAGGAGAGACAGGGCAGCUGAGGUAUACAAGCCUUCUGUACUUUAAACAAUAAGCUCAUUUCUCCACGUUUAAACAGUGGACCUGUGUUGUUUGUGUGGGUGUGUGUGUGUGUGUGUGCGUGUGGGUGUGUGUGUGUGUGUGUGUGUGUGUGUGUGCGUGUGCGUGUGUGUGCCUUUUUAUUACAUAACAUUGUGUGUUUAGCCAAAACAACAUAUCAGUGCAGCUGAAGGAACAGGGGCAUGAUUUUCACAAUAAUCACUAGCCUGCUCGAUGUUCAUGUUUUAACGUUCGCAUCUCAAUACCAUGUUUUCGUCCUACUAAACUAAACGUGUGCAUUUUGACUUAUAGAGCUACAGUGUAUUAUUAAUUAUAGAGCUACAGUGUAUUAUUAAUUAUAGAGCUACAGUGUAUUAUUAAACUGCAAAGUGCACACAGCUUUCCACGUACGUUUUUUUUUUGUUGUGCAAAACAAAAAAACAAAUCUGAGCGGUGAUCAGAAUGUUUCCACGUAUUUGCUGUUCAGACAUUAAGACCAUAUAAAGGUGACAGCUAGAACUCAUAUCCUGCUGCUGUCUGCUGCGUCAGCAUUCACACAUCGGGGAGAUCUAUGGACGGAUUUUUAAAACGCCGCAGCAAACGACUGCAAACGUGUGUUAUACUGUGGUACCUGCUUCUUCACGAGCAGUUUUGUCGCGCGCACUAUAAAUGUCUUCAAAAUACAACGGAAUGAGGCACAUUUUUGUAUUUCUUCCAUAUGUUUUUGGGGUACUAAUCUGAACACGCCUCUCAGUGUAAAUAAAAACUCUUUAUAAAUCAAAGUAUAGCUUUCUAUUUAUGUAUAAUUGAUUUUUUUUUAUUUUAUUUUUUUUAUGUGAAAAGGGUUCCUCUCCACUCUUAGAUAAAAGGGUUCCAAAAGGGUUCCUCUCCACUCUUAGAUAAAAGGGUUCCAAAAGGGUUCCUCUCCACUCUUAGAUAAAAGGGUUCCAAAAGGGUUCCUCUCCACUCUUAGAUAAAAGGGUUCCAAAAGGGUUCCUCUCCACUCUUAGAUAAAAGGGUUCCAAAAGGGUUCCUCUCCACUCUUAGAUAAAAGGGUUCCAAAAGGGUUCUUCGGCUGUCUCCGUAGGAGAACCAUAUUUGGUUCCAGGUAAAAACCCUUUUGUGUUCCAUGUACUGUAGAACCCUCUGUGGAAGGUUCUACUUAGAACCGUAAAGGGUUCUACCUGGAAUCAACAAGGGUUCUUCAAAGGGUUCUAGAUUGCACCUUUUUUUUUUUUUUCUUCAAGGAAAGUAUAACUAUGCAAUGUUUGUUGCCCUCGUCUUCUGUCUGAUGAUUACACACGAAGAAGAUACAACCCUUCGACCUGUUUUCUCAUUGGUUCAGCUGUGAAAUACUGUUUGAAGCUUUGCUUCUCCACAGUGUCAACUCGACUGUCACUGUUCUUUUUCCCUGAGCCCCCUUCCUUUACAAGCCUGAUGUCAUCAUGCAGUGCCUUUUGACUUCUCUCUCUCUCUCUCUCUCUCUCUCUGUGAAGUAAGACUUUGGACUUUACCACUGGCUGAGACUUCUUGGAUUCUAUACAUGUUCUAGAAUGUUCUAGACUCUUAUUGGAUUCUAUACAUGUUCUAGAAUGUUCUAGACUCUUAUUUGAUUCUAUACAUGUUCUAGAAUGUUCUAGACUCUUAUUGGAUUCUAUACAUGUUCUAGAAUGUUCUAGACUCUUAUUGGAUUCUAUACAUGUUCUAGAAUGUUCUAGACUCUUAUUGGAUUCUAUACAUGUUCUAGAAUGUUCUAGACUCUUAUUGGAUUCUAUUAAACAAAUGCUAAGAUAUAGAGACUUUUACAUUAAUUAAUAAGGAAAAGGAAGCACUUUUUAACGUUUUUUUUUUUUUUUACAAUGCCAAUGUUAUAGAAAAAUGUUUAAAAAUGUAAAAUUAACCUAUAUGAUGAAUGCCAAAAAACAUUAUGAAUUAUAAUAAAAGAGCAUCGUCUCAUUGGAACA